AUGUGUAGAUGUGGUAUCGCCGCUGUCAUCCCCUUGACCAUCGUCAACAUGGUGUUUGGCCUCGGUCUUCUGAUCGCUGGGAUCGUUGCGGCUACGUACAAGAUCCCAAACACCUGCUCGGGAUCAUCAUAUUACUACACGGGAAACAAUGAUGGUUACCAGAAUGGAGGAUACAGCAACAGUGAUGGGUAUUCAUCAUCCUACAACUCAGGAUACAGCAGCACAGGCUCCUCUCCCAGCACCUCCCCGCAGUCCUACUCCUACUCGUACUGUGAGGCGGACAGGAAGUCUGCCAACGAUCUCCUCCUCGCCAUGGCGCUCAUGGGAACCUUGCCUGCUGUCUUCCCGCUGGUGUUCGGGGUUUUGGGCAUCGUUACGAGCGUGUACAAGAACAAGAUUGUUGCUGGCAUGCAUCUUGGCUGCCUGAUCUUGGGAAUCGUACUGUCUAUCAUCGGCGUCCUCGUGCUGCUGGUUGUUGCGUCUACUACUUCAGCCUACUGCGACUACGUGGAGCAUGCCAGCACGACUGAAUUCUGCAAGAGAUACGUGGGCAGCUUGUGGGCCAUCGUAGCCCUCAACAUCGUGCUCGCCAUCUACCAGGUCGCCUUCUCCAUCGUCAUGUGCGGGCUAUGCUGCCAGCCCGAUGAGUGGGCAGGGAGCAGGACCAUCGUAGCUGAGACAGUACGGCCUGCCGUACCCAUCGCUCAGGUCGCCGGCACGCUGCCGGCGGGGGGCGAGGGCGGAGGGUACCCGCAAAGGGAGCUGAUUGGAGUGACAGAGUAUCCAGUAGCAGAAGGAGCGGGAGCGGCUUACCCUGGAGAAGUCGCUGUUGCAUAUGCGACCGCUGUCGAAGAAGGAGGAGAAGCAGGGCCAAGGGGAGAGGAGGGACAGACGCCAAUGUAUCCGUAA